AUCCUGCCACGGUUGCUGGCCAGCUUCUUGAUCGGGGACAGCAGCAUCUCUGCUCACGGCUGCAUGGCUCAGUUCUACUUCUUUGCUUCCUUUGCAACUGCUGAGUGUUACCUUCUGGCGGCCAUGUCCUACGAUCGGUACUUGGCCAUAUGCCAGCCUCUGCUCUAUGCCAGCCUCAUGACCUGGAAGGUCUCCUUACACCUGGCAGCUGCAUCUUGGCUAUGGGGUUCACUGCUGCUGGUGGUAGUCACAGUGUUCUUAUCCCAGCUGCAGUUCUGUGGCCCCAAGGUGAUUGACCACUUCUUCUGUGAAUUUACUCCAUUGCUGGAGCUUGCCUGCAGUGACAUCAAGGUGUUCACGCUCAUUGGGUUUGUCUUUGCCUUUCUGGACCUAAUAUUUCCAUUCCUGUACACACUGUCCUCCUACGUGUGCAUCAUAGCUGCCAUCCUUAGGAUCCCAUCCAGCACGGGCAGACAGAAGGCCUUCUCUACCUGCUCCUCUCACCUCACUGUUGUCACUGUUUACUAUGGCACCCUCUUUGUUGUCUACAUGCUGCCUAGAACAGGCCCGCUGAGGCAGCUCAACAAAGUGUUCUCCUUUUUCUACACCAUCCUGACGCCCCUGGUCAAUCCCCUCAUCUACAGCCUGCGGAACAGGGAGGUCAAGGAGGCCAUCAGGAAAGUGCUCAGGAAAGCCCUGGCCUGCACCCAGAGCUCAUGCUCCCUGGGUGACACAGGCAAAAGAUGCUUCUAG